AUGGCGCAAAACUCGCAGGCCCCUAAGUCCAAAUGGGGCGUGGGCAGUUUCUUUCAGCAAGCCGUUGCGGGCGUCGAAUCGCGUUUGGAUAAUAUAUUGAUGGACCAGGAGGACGCUCAGAAAGCGAAACCCAAAGAGGCGGAAAUUACAGCGUCGCCAAUUUCAAGAUCUCCCGCUGGCUCAAUUUCGCGAAGCUCGUCUAAUGCGCGCAGGAAUGAUCGACUCCAAGAACGUCUCGCGCGAGCUGUGGUCAAGUCAAACACAGCGAACCGGAACUCACAAUCUUCCCCUGGGCAGAUCUCAUCGACAGCAGCCAGUCCAGCGCCGAGCAAUGAUGCGCGAUCAAGUUUGGACAUCGAUGCAAGUCUUGCGGCCGCUUCAGGCAUUUCAGAUGAUCUGAAGAGCCAUCCACUAGAUGGAGAGAGCGUCACAAGCCAUGCAAGUGCGACUAGAACAAGCCACGAAUCGGAUAGAUCUACACGUCAAUCUAUCGAAGCAUUCAGAGCAGAAUCUUUGCCUAGGGCCUCAAUUGAGAUAGAUGAGCAGUCUUCGAAAUUAGGGAGAAUGAGCUUGGAUCUGCCAAGUUCACAACGAAGUGAAUUAUCUGGUGGGCGUGCAUCCGGGGAAAGCACUCGGAUAAGCGUUGACACACCGUCCGAGUCUCGAACGAGUGAAGACAAUGGAGCCGAGUCCCAGUGGCAACAAGAGAGAUAUGAGUAUAUGGCACGCAUUGACGAGCUUCAGAGAAAUUUGGAGAAUUUGGCAGGAGAGGCUGCCAAGUCGGCAAAGGAUGCUGCCGCUGCCGCUUCUCCGGGGAGCCGCGAGAAAGAGCUCGAAGAAACCAGGGAGAAGUACGCGUUGCUAAUGAAAGAGGGUCAGAAGCUGGAAUCGGAGGCGGCGAACUCUCGCACUGCAGUGAGAAGAUUGAGGCAACAACUUGCCGAAAAUUCGAAAUCACAGAUCGAAAUGAAGAGAAAGACGGAGAAGUUGGAGAGAGAUUUGCUUAACACCGAGAGCAGAGCAAAACGAGCUGAAGCGGCAGAGAAGCGGGCAAACGACUCAUUAUCAACUCAUACCAAGACGGCCAAAGAUCUCGAAGCCGUGACAAAUGAGCGUGACGCUUUGAACCAAACUGUACGCGAAAUGAAGGCACAAAUCAGCCGAGCGGUCGCGCGUGCCGAAGCCGCCGAAGCCAAAGCCCACUCGGAUGCCUUGGAGAAGGAGAAGCGAAGAGCAGAUGAGCUCGAAGAGGAGUUGUCAAACACCAAAAUCGAGCUUGAUAUCAGUCAGGCAACGUCGAAGAAAGAGAUUACAGAUCUCAAGGAGACGGUUGACCAGGAGAAAGAGAGAGCCCGCUUGCUUGAGGUUGAGUUGAAGGGAGAGCAAUCAGCUUUGGAAAGCAAGAUGGAAAGCUUGCGUGCCCGUGCAGAGGAAGCCUCUUCCGGGGCCACUGGAGAGACGCAGGCCAAGUUGCUACGCCAAAUCGAGACCUUGCAGACGCAAUAUUCUGUUGCUAGUGAGAACUGGCACACUUUGGAAGGCUCCUAUAUUUCCCGGCUCGAUGCCGCAGAAAAGGAACGUGACCAGGCUGGAGAUAGGGAGAAGGAGCUACGAAAGAAACUUCGGGAAAUGACCCUCAAAGUCAAGGAGCUAGAAGAGGAGUUAGAGAAUGCCAAGGAAGCCGAGCAUGACUUGGAAAGUCAACUCGAGACGCGUGUGCAAGAUCUUCAGAAGGUGCGGCAAAAGCUCCAGAGUGCAACCGACGAGGUCACUUCUGCGCAAAAGGAGCUAGUCGAGCAGAAGAAGGCGUGGGAUGCAAACUGGGCACAAAAACUUGAAGAAGAACGUGCCAGAUGGAGAGAGCAAGUGAAUAGCUUGCAACAGCCUCGUGGAAUCUCACCCGUCCCGUCCACUCGCCGUUCGAGCAACCUCGACACUCUGCCAUCCAUUCUCUCAGACUACCGUCCCACCAGUCGACGCUCGUCUACAUUGCCCCCGGGCUCACCAGACAUUGGCACACCGCCGCGCCAAAAUUCAUAUCCAACCUCAAUCGCUCAAGGAACUCUCUCCCCGCCCCCAAUCAGCACUACGAUGGGCCCUCCAUCUAUGAUUCUGGAAACCCCCUCAAUCACUUUUGAACCAGAUGAGUUCUUCAGCUCUGGCGACCCCGCCACGCCAUCCGCCUACGGCGGCACGCAAGCAGGUCCUUCACGCGGUAUCAACGACAUCAUCUCGGAAUCAACUGUCGGUGCUGGUCCAUCUGUGCAGUUAGUUGAGCGCAUGAGUGCUACUGUCCGCCGACUGGAGAGCGAGCGCGCAGGGUCCAAAGAUGAGCUCGCACGGGUCACAACUCAACGUGAUGAGUCUAGACAGCAGGUCGUCGAUCUCAUGCGUGAGCUUGAAGAGAAGAAGACUGCCGACUCUCGAGUGGAGGAGCUCGAAGCUAAGCUUGCUGAUAUCGACCAGCGAUACUUGACAACUCUUGAGAUGCUAGGCGAGAAGAGCGAACAGGUCGAGGAGCUUCAGGCUGAUAUUGCUGAUCUGAAGAAGAUCUAUCGGGAGUUGGUCGAUAGCACGAUGAAAUGA